AUGGUUCACUCGAUCUCUUUGCUUGGCUCUGCCUUGCUCACGGCGAGCCUGGCACAAGCAAAGCCGUAUGGGGGUGGUGUCACAAAAUCCACGCUACCUUUUUCGCUGUUUGAAGGCGAUGUUACUCCUGAGGAUAUAUCUGUUGAAGGCGGGCUCGAUUGGCCGAAGCUGGCACCUGGCGUCAACGGGACCACAUACGACUGGUGGUACUUUGACGUUGUUUCGGCUACAGAUAACACAGCAGUCACGGUUGUCCUUUACAACUUUGCGAACGGCACUCUAGCUGUUCCUUACCUUGGAGGACCACUCCUUGCUGAUCUUAUCGUCACUUUUGAGAACGGCACGAGCGUUAGAAAGUUCACUGCCGCAAACAAGGGCGCUGAUUUCCAGAUCAGUGAUAAGGGCAUCGCAUCUCAGUGGAACAGCGACGAAAGCCAGUACAGCUUCACGGGUACCAGUCUGGACGAACCUAAUCCAGUCUACACCAUUUCGAUCGAUGACCCAGUCAACAGUGUGUCUGGCUCAAUCAAGUUCAACUCGGUUUCUCCUCCUCAUUAUCCUUGCGACGUGAACAAGGCCGGUGUCUCAGAGGACCUCUUCCCCAACGUGUGGUGGGCCAACGCCGUGCCAGACUCUGACGCAUCUGUGGACCUCGUUAUCGACGGGGAGGAAUACCACCUGCAGGGUUACGGCUACCACGACAAGAACUGGGGCGUUGACUCCCUGGACAAGACCACCAAGACCUGGUACUGGGGCCACGGACGUGUCGGCCCGUACUCAAUGGUUUGGUUUGACGCUGUUGAGAAGGCCGGCAAGGAGCACUUCUCGUCUUGGCUCGUCAAGGACGGCGAGGUGCUCGCCAUGAGCUGCGCAGACCAGGCCUCCGUCGUUAGGCCUUGGGGAAACAACAGCCUGUACCCCCCAACGACCGGCCUGACGCAGCCAUCUGGGUACACUAUCCGCUUUGAUCUGGGCGACGACAAGGCAUUCGUGGCCAACUUUACCAGCAAGGUGGUUUCGCUGGACAUGGAUAUUUAUAAGAGGCAAAUCGGGCCCCUCGUUGGUGGCAUCGAGGGCGAGGAGCAGUUUGAGGGGAUGUCUCAGUGCGAGCAGUUUGCCUUCUAG